AUGUCUCCCAUCUGUAACUGUUUGAUUUCAUGGUUUUUGAAUAACUUAUAAUCUUUGGAGACAAACAUGAUUCUUUUGUGCUUCGACAUGGGUAGAAGAAGAGAUCACACUCAGCCGACAUUUAAAUUCUAGAUGCAGGACAAAGCAAAAAAAUUUGCUCUAUGACAAAUACCCAUUCUUUCUUUCCUGUGUUUUAGCAUGUGGAAUUUAGUUGAUUAAAACCAGAAAAGAACUCCUUUAUUGGAUGAUUGCCAUAGUUUGAACUCUUUGCCAUUUCUUUAGGUGAAUCUAAUCAUCAUAAUUUACCAAAGGCCAGGUGACACUAACCUCUACCCUGGCAUAAUUCCAAGCGCCUCGCCUCUUGAUUCUGAAAUUAAACUGCACUCUGCUCCCAUGUUUGUUUUUACAAACGUGUUCCCCCUCUAUUGGUCAGUGGUCAUGGACAACAUAGGAUCUUGUUGAUGUUCUAACUAUAGUAAUGAGUGGACUCCAGAUUUGGUGAAGCUGCCUAAACAGCCUUCCUUACAGCCCUUUAGGUUGUUGGAUAUGCAAAUUCUAUGAUUAGGUAUGACUAGGAUAAUAAUUGUGUUCAGUAUUGAGAAUCAUGAAAAAUAUGAUUUAAGUUAUUACCAUUUAAACAAUAGGUGAUGUAGGAAAGAUUCAGGUACUCUGUCUAGAAGUCCUUAGAGCAUCUCCAGCAACAAGAGCUAUUUUAGCUACUCAAAAAGCCUUUUCUAUUUUGCGCCCUCAUUUUUCAAUAAAAUCUACAACAGGUUAUCUAUUCCACUCUACUUUCUUCAAAUAAUAUUUUUCAAUGUUUUUUAACCCUACCGUUUUCUUCCCCUCUCUCUUGUCUCUUCUCUCUCCAGACCAAUAAAUCAGACACACCAGAUGUCAUUUGCUUUUUCCUCCCCACCUUCCUUCUUUCCAAUCCACCCCUUCCUUUCUAUUAAAAUCUCAUUUCCCCAAAUUCCAAUUCCAAAUUCCUUAGAUCCACCGGCAACCAUGUCAUCCCCACCCAUACUUCUGAUCUCAAACUCCGAAUCCCAUUUGCAAUCCCAGUCGCAAGCCCCAAUUGCCACCUUUGCCUUCUGUGCCUUCAUAAACCACAUGUCCAACUUGGUCCGCCAUGGCCUUGCCCAACGUUGUCGUGGAGGUGUUGGUGUUGGUGUUGGUGGUGGGGGUUUGUUGUUCAAUUUGCAAGUGGGGGUCGUUUGCCAAUUUGACUUCUUUCCGUUUGUCCUUAAUUUUUAAUUCCUUCUAGCGUUUACAAUAAAUUGAAGGUAUGGCCAUCUGAUGCAGUCAAAUAAAAAAAAAGGAACAAAAGAAAAGGAUAUGAGCUACUUCGAAAGAGCCGUGAUCUCCAAUGGCUUAUUCGAGGGAGCUGUGACCUCCAAGAUACCAACAAAGGUUCUAGGUUUUCAUAAUAUUCAGCAUGAUAUUUUAUUGAUUAGGGUUACACUUAUAUAGAAGACGACUAGGUCAUAAGACAUAACCAUUAGGUUUAGCCGUCAUUAUAUCAUGCAAGAAAAUAACUAGGAAGGAAAUAAACUAAUGGAAAAUACAUUCCUUAUUAGCUAAAACACUUAGGGAAAUAAUAUAUGGAAAUUAUACUCCUUAUUCUCUGCCGACUUGGGCUUUAGGAUUGCCAUGUGUGCUGCCACAUAAGCCUUGGAAAUUUGAACGUAUCACCCCUCUCCCGUAACAUCUUCCUUGUCUGCAAGGAAGAAUUCUGGAAAUUGAGCCUUGAUCAUGUCUUCCUCGAGUGAUAUCACGCCCAAAUGAGAUGGAUCUCCAAGCAUCGUCUUCGCAACCAAGUAACCAACAAUCGACCAGGUUUGGAAUUUACGGGUUUGCUUCCCAAUGUCUCGACCUUAGCUUUCCAUCAUAAUAUUCAGGCCAGUUGUCUUUUAGCAACCUGGUUUCAGCAAGUUCAAUGGCACGUCUUGCAACCUGGUUGCAGGUUCUGUUGGUACGAAUUUUAUGCCCCAUAUAAUCAAUGUCAAGGCUGGCAAGGACAUCACGAUGCAGCCUGAUUUUUCUGGGGGUAUUUCAAGCCCUGAUGGUCGUGUUGUCGGGGGAGGAGUUGCUAGAAUUGAAAUUCUUGUAGCAGCUAGUCCAGUGCAGUUUGGCGUCAACAGUAGGGUCCUACCUAGCAACCAGCUUGAGCCGAAACCAAAGCUGAAGAAUGGGUCCAGCUGGCCAAGAGAGUCCCUGUCUCUCUAUCAAGAAGGGGAUGAAAAUAUCAAGGGAGUGCUGAAACAGAAGGUGAAGGAGAAGGAAGAAGGGAUGGAGCAAAGGUUGGAAGAGCAGGGCGUGAUUUUUGCUUGGUUCUGGAAGAGAGAGAAAAAAAAUACAGAUCCUUGUAUUUGGGAUCUUAUUGCUGGAUCGGGGUUCAUAAUUGUAUUGUUAGGACCACUCAUUGCCGUAACAACACAAUUACGGCAAGGAUUGGCUUGCCGGAGAGCUGGAGCAAGAAAUUUUAAACUUCUCUGAGGGCCUAAGAGUUAUUGGACUUAAGCCAGAUGAAAAGCUAGCACUUUUUGCUGAUAAUUCAUGUCGGUGGCUUGUUGCAGAUCAAGUCUAGGUAUAAUGGCCACUGGAGCAAUCAAUGUGGUAAGGGGUUCAAGGUCAUCAGUUGAAGAGUUAUUGCACAUAUACAAUCACUCUGAAAGUGUUGCACUUGCUGUGGACAGUCCUGAAAUGUUCAAUCGAAUGGCCGAAACAUUUAUUUCCAAGGCUCCUAUGAGAUUUGUUAUUCUACUUUGGGGGGAGAAGUCAUCCCUGGCUUGUGAUGGACUAGAGGGGAUGCCUGUUUUCAAUUAUAAGGAAAUUGUAGAUUUGGGACAAGAGAGUCGCAAGUCUCUGUUUGAUUCUCAUGAUGCUAGACGACGCCAAAUGGAUGAAGCCAUCAGCUCUGAUGAUGUUGCUACACUUGUAUACACAAGUGGAACCACUGGCAAUCCGAAAGGCGUUUUGCUUACACAUCGGAAUCUGCUACACCAGAUAAAAAACUUGUGGGACAUUGUACCUGCUGAAGUUGGUGAUAGAUUUUUAAGCAUGCUUCCACCUUGGCAUGCAUAUGAACGAGCUUGUGAGUAUUUUAUAUUCACAUGUGGAAUUGAACAAGUAUACACGAUUGUGAGAAACUUGAAGGAUGAUUUGCAACAUUAUCAACCACAGUAUUUGAUUUCUGUUCCAUUAGUAUAUGAUACGCUCUACAGUGGGAUCCAAAAGCAAAUUUCUACUAGCUCCCCUCUGCGUAAGCUUAUUGCAUUUAUGUUUAUAAGGGUCAGCUUGACAUACAUGGAAUUGAAGAGGAUUUAUGAGGGAAAAUGUCUAACGAGGAAUGAGAAGCAACCUUCAUAUCUUGUUUCAAUGUUGGACUGGUUAUGGGCAAGAUGUAUUGCAGCAAUAUUAUAUCCGGUGCAUAUGUUGGCAAAGAAAGUUGUUUAUAGUAAAAUCCACUCUACUAUCGGAAUAUCAAAGGCUGGCGUAAGUGGAGGCGGUAGUUUACCUUUGCAUGUCGACCAGUUUUUUGAGGGAAUUGGUGUGAAAGUGCAGAAUGGGUAUGGUUUAACUGAGUCUUCUCCUGUUGUUGCUGCUCGACGGCCAACCUGUAAUGUUCUUGGCUCAGUUGGGCAUCCGAUUCAACAUACAGAAUUCAAAAUUGUAGAUUCCGAAACCAAUGAAGUUCUCUCACCUGGUUUAAAGGGCAUUGUAAAAGUUAGGGGGCCACAAGUGAUGAAAGGUUACUACAAGAAUCCAUGGGCUACAAAGCAAGUCAUAGAUGAGGAUGGUUGGCUAAGCACUGGCGAUAUAGGUUGGAUUGCUCCUCACCAUUCAACUGGGCGAAGUCGUCGUUGUGGAGGUGUGAUUGUUCUUGAAGGACGUGCCAAGGAUACCAUAGUUCUCUCUACCGGAGAAAAUGUUGAACCAGGAGAGCUUGAAGAAGCUGCUCUCAGAAGUAGUCUAAUUCAACAAAUAGUUGUUAUUGGCCAGGAUCAGCGACGUCUUGGAGCUAUAAUUGUUCCAAACAAAGAAGAGGUUCUAUUGGCUGCAAAAGAACUGUCCAUUUUAGAUGCCAAUGCCUCUGACCUUAGUAAGGAAAAAAUGACCAGCCUGUUAUAUAAAGAAUUGAGAACAUGGACUUUACAGUUUUCAUUUCAAAUAGGACCAAUCCUUGUUGUGGAGGAGCCCUUUACUAUUGAAAGUGAUUUAUUGACUCCGACCAUGAAAAUUCGGAGGGACAAAGUUUGUGCUCGGUACAGGGAGCAGAUAGACAAUCUCUACAAGUAAAAUUUCCCCUGGAAAAUGAACCUAUACGCCAUGAACUGUAUCUUUUU